GGCGGUGCCACGGCAUCAGGAAGUGACGUCAGCUGCUGUAAGGGCAAGCCCGCCCCGCGUGGUGGCCUCCGGCCGCAGAAGCCACGUCACCCUCUGUGCGCCGCAUGGCUGGUCUGCUCGGUGGCCUGGCCACUCCGUGCACGGGGAGAGGUGACAUGGAUUUACUGACUCGGUGGCCUCACCGCCGCCCACCAGAAGCGCACCAGUGUCCCUUUCUCCCUCUCCCCACAAAGGGAAACCUGGUCUGCUCUUGUCUAAGGCAGACGCCCUCAGCCCAGCUGCGGCACCCCGCCCAUCCCGGGGUCAUGCGCCACCACGUGCCACCCGGUCAGCGGCCCGGGAUGAGGCCCCCUGCUCGCCGGCCUCUGACUCCAAAAGCAAGUUUCUGCCCCUUGGCAGGCAGAGGAAGGGCUGGAUGGUUCUUGGAGAUCAAGCCACAUGCCUGCCCGAAUGGAAUGCCCCAUCCUGGCGUGUUCAUCAGGGAUGAAACGUAUGUUUCAGAAUGCUCUUUGCCUUUCCGCACAAGGGGAGAGCACAGCCUUGACGGCCAUCGGGGCCUGUGGCUCUCCUCAUCAGCAUCAGUCCGUGUCGGCCCAGGCCCCGCGCACCUGCCCGUGACCUUGGGCACCUGGCUUCCUGCCCCCAGCCUUCAGCAUCAAGCAGAUGUAAAAUUCAUGUCCACAAAGAUGAUGAUGUUUUUGAGGUUUAAAUGAGUGAAUGAUUGCUACAAAUAAAGAGAACUAAUAAAAAUAAUAACAGGCA